AUGGAGCAGGAUGUGGAGAGCCCGGCAAUCAUCAAAAAGCCUAAGUUGCCAAAGCAGGCCCGUGAGGACCUGCCUAAACAGCUGUCAGAUAAGGAACGGGCGAAGCGGGUCCAGCGGUACGUCCAGAAAGAUGGGAAGUGCAAUGUCCAUCACGGUAACGUACAAGAGACGUACCGCUAUCUGACGGACAUUUUCACCACGCUGGUCGAUCUCAAAUGGAGGUUCAACCUGUUCAUCUUUGUGCUGGUGUACACCGUGACGUGGCUCUUCUUCGGCUUCUGUUGGUGGUUUAUUGCGUACCUUCGGGGUGAUCUGGAGCACUUAGCGGACAACCAGUGGACUCCAUGUGUCAACAACCUCAAUGGGUUCGUAUCAGCGUUUCUGUUCUCCAUCGAGACGGAGACCACCAUCGGUUAUGGGUACAGGGUCAUCACGGACCAAUGCCCCGAGGGGAUCCUUCUGCUUCUAAUUCAGUCGGUGCUGGGAUCCAUCGUGAACGCCUUCAUGGUGGGUUGCAUGUUCGUUAAGAUCUCUCAGCCAAAGAAGCGAGCUGAGACACUAGUGUUUUCCACCAAUGCGGUCAUCUCAAUGAGAGACGGACGGCUGUGCCUGAUGUUCAGAGUCGGAGACCUCCGGAACUCGCACAUCGUGGAGGCUUCGAUCAGGGCCAAGCUCAUCAAGUCCAAGCAGACCAAGGAAGGGGAGUUCAUCCCUUUGAACCAGACGGACAUAAAUGUGGGUUACAACACGGGAGACGACAGGCUCUUCCUGGUGUCGCCGCUCAUCAUCUGCCAUGAGAUAAACCAGACCAGCCCCUUCUGGGAGAUCUCAGAGGCCCACCUGACCAGGGACGAGCUGGAGAUUGUAGUGAUUCUGGAGGGGAUGGUGGAGGCCACAGGCAUGACGUGCCAGGCGAGGAGUUCAUACGUCAGCAGUGAGAUCAAGUGGGGCUACCGCUUCAUGCCAGUCCUGACGCUGGAGGACGGUUUCUACGAGGUGGACUACAACAGCUUCCACAACAUCUACGAAACUAACACCCCCCCCUACAGUGCCAAAGAGCUUGCUGAUAUGACCAACCGUGCCCGCCUGCCCCUCACCUGGUCCAUGGCCAGUAAACUGAGCCAGCAGGGGCUGCCAGAGUCCGUGCAGGAGAGCCAGGAGACCAAGACCGGCCUGGACUACCAGGAGAAGAACCAGCAGACCGAGAGGAACGGGGACGUUGCAAACAUAGAGAGCGAGUCCAAAGUGUGA